AUGAUAGAUGCUCGUUGUAAGGAUGAGAACACAGGGGACGACAAGAUUGCAGAUGCCAUACGUUAUGCUGAAUAUCAACGUCAAUUUGCUGUCUUUGAAAAUAAUGAGUUAUUCAAUGCUAAUGUGUGGUACAACAUCGGUUCCCUUUACGAAAGAAGAGCAAGGGAAUUGUUGGAAAAAAUGAAUUCAACGAUUCUUAUCGAAGCCGAUCCGGAUAUUGACAACAACGCUAUUUCUAACGAAGUGUCAGUCAUUGAUGAAAAUAUGCUCAGGGCGCUUUCGUGCUACUGUAAAAGUGUGCUGUUUACGAAAACGCUCAACGACUAUGACAGAGAAGGAAACCUUUAUGGCUGUAUUGGUAACAUCCUACACCUUCUCGGAAGCCACGAAGAAGCCAUUGGUUUUCAUUUAUGGCGAUUGGAUCUUGCUCGUCAAUUAGGCGACGGCGAAGGGGAGUACCGAGCUCUGCAGAACAUUGGUAACGAGUAUGUCAGUUUGUCACGAUUCGGAGAAGCAGUACGGAGAUACAAGUAUGUGCACUUUAAUUGA